AUUAGGAACUUUCUUAGCAGAGCAGUAUUCCAAUUGGAAGCUGACUUCUUCUUCUUCUUCUCUCUCUGCGCAGAAUGUUUAGCGUAGAAUCUGGUUGCUCUUGAGCAUUAUAAAAUUGUAUUCUAUAUUCUCUGGGAGUUUUGUUCGUGUUUUGCGUUUUUACUUUUACAAAAGUUCUUCUCUUGCUCAAGAUUUUCAUAUUUCCCGGGAAAGUAGACUGCUUUUCGCUUGAUUAUAUCAGCACCAGACUUUAUUUCCGCCUUUAGAAGCAGCUUCAAUUAAGCUAUCGGUCUUUGAGUCUUCUUCCCGGCCGAGGUUUCUAUUCCUCUCUCUCUGUUGCAGGAAUUUCUGCAGUUGUGAAGCAGUGAUUUUCAUAGUAUGCUGAGUGAUUCAAAGACCUUUUCACAAGUCUCCCUCUCUUUGUGCAUACAAGGCCGGAAGAUUGUAAAUAACAUGGGGAUACGCAGAAAACCAAAUGAGAGCCUGAGACUUAUUCUAACAACGUUUAUUGGAGUUGUUUUGGGCUUCUUCAUUGGAUUGUCAUUUCCAACAUUUUCUUUACAGCUUAGUUGGCAAUCAAACCACCCUUGUCAAGUUGGUAAACUGAACUCGGCUAUCUCCAACCAAACAGCUUGUGUUAAAGGAAAUGGAAAUUGUUCAAUCGAAGCUCCAAAGCUGAAUAAUACAAAGGUUUGGGUCUCAACAAAUCCACGAGGUGCAGAGAGGUUACCACCGGACAUAAUUGCUGCUGAGUCAGAUUUAUAUUUACGCAGAUUAUGGGGUAAUCCUAAUGAGGAUGUAUUAAUCAAGCAAAAGUACCUUGUCACAUUUACAGUAGGCUACGGACAGAAAAAGAAUAUUGAUGCUGCUGUUAAGAAGUUUUCUGAAAACUUCACUAUCCUUUUAUUUCACUAUGAUGGCCGGACAAGUGAAUGGAACGAGUUUGAGUGGUCAAGGCGAGCUAUUCAUGUGAGUGUUGAAAGGCAAACAAAGUGGUGGUAUGCCAAGAGAUUUCUCCAUCCUGAUAUAGUUGCUCCAUACGAUUACAUAUUUGUCUGGGAUGAAGAUCUUGGGGUUGAACAUUUUGAUGCUGAAGAGUACAUUAAGCUGGUAAGGAAACAUGGCUUAGAGAUUUCCCAGCCUGGUUUGGACCCCAGCAGCAGAGGAUUGACUUGGCAGAUGACUAGAAGAAGAGGCGGCAUUGAGGUUCACAAACAAACAGAAGAGAGACCAGGUUGGUGUUCUCAUCCACAUGCACCUCCAUGCGCAGGAUUUGUUGAGAUCAUGGCUCCUGUGUUUUCUAGAAAGGCUUGGCGAUGUGUGUGGCAUUUGAUUCAGAAUGAUUUGGUUCACGGGUGGGGCCUUGACUUUGCCCUCCGAUUGUGUGCCGAGCCUGCACAUGAGAAGAUUGGAGUGGUGGAUGCUCAGUGGAUUGUUCAUCAAUCUCUUCCAUCACUUGGAAACCAGGGGCAAUCAGAAGAUGGUAGAGCACCAUGGAUGGGGGUAAGAGAGCGAUGUAUGAAUGAAUGGAACAUGUUUAGGGGCAGGGUUGCCGAAGCAGAAAGGAAGUAUAAUGAGUCAAUUACAAUUCAUUCAACACAAAAUAAGUUGCAGUCAUAGGAUAGGCCUAAUGCAUAUACAUCAACUUAUGUUACUCUAGGAUUUAUUAUUAUAUCUUUUUUAUACUAAUAUUUUGUUAGUAAUAAAUUUUGAUAUUGAAAUGUAACUAUAUAUUUUUAUGUUCAAAUAAAUAAGCCAAUUUGAGA